AAACAAGUCUUUUACUCCUCUGCAAAACCUUCGUUUGGAAGCUCCUUGUCGUUGUUGUUGUGGCUCUUCUCCCUCUACAGAGUGUGUGUUCCCUUCUGAGCUCGCGAGAUUUUCAAAACUCAUUUCCGUUUUCGACUUCGGAUCAAAUCGUUUUGAUCUCUCCGCGAGUUUUCGCGCAAUGCGGUUGCCCUGAAUCUCACACCAAAUCAGUGCCCGCAAGAUUUGACCCCAACGCACCGCAUCGCCUAUAAAACCCUUAUUUCCUGGAAUGGGGUCGGCUCCGUCAACGCCGCGCAAGGGUGGCGCAUUCUCGCUGGAGACGGCGGAGUAUCUGAUCGGAACUUUCGUCGGCGACCAGCCCUUCCCCCUCUCGUCAGAGUUCUGGCAGAAAUUGCUGGAGCAUCCUCUCAAUGUUCAAUGGCCUACUCAGCGUGUUCAACAAGCUUGCGAGCUAUUAGCCAAAAACAAUUCUCACACCAGGCAUCUUGCUAAGAUUUUGUUCCAUCUAGCGUGCUGCUUGCAAGAGUGCAUGUCUACUUCUGGUGUGUCGCCCUUGGUCUAUGAAAAGACUGUUAAUGCAGUGUACAUGAGUUCGACUUUUUUAAAGCACUUGAUUGAGAGUGUCCAAGGCGAUAAUAAUAUCCAGUUAUACCUGUCUCUUGAAGAUAAUGAGGCUGUAUGGAAGGAUGUUAUGAGAGAUCAAAGCAUUGAAAAUUUUGUUAUGCGGAAUGUGCUGAAUUUUAUAGCAUCAGUAGAAGUGAGUCCGGACACGGUCAUCCUACAUAUAGAGCUGCUUAAUUUCAUGAUUAUUGCAAUGUCAACCCAGCUUCUCUGUGGGCCAUCUCCUGGACCAAAUGAUGUGAACCCCUUUCUUGAUGCAGCAAUGGUUCAGGACAGCUCUCUGGUUGAUUCAGUUGUUCGCAGAUUGCUUCUAAAUUUCAUGGUCCGUUCUAACGUUCCAUUUAAUCGGGCAACUUAUUCCAUCAUAGAUGGAAGUCAGAGUAGUGUGCUGCAGAGAGUUGGUUCUGCAGCUGCAAAUAUUGUCUUAUUUCCGUUUAGUUAUCUGGUCAGUUCGAGUGGUGAAGGAUCAAAAAGUCCUAUUGCAGAUAUCAGUAUUCACGUGCUUCUUGUUCUUGUUCAUUAUCAUAGAUGUAUCAUGAGUGAGGACUACAUGGAUAACAAAUCUUCCACGUCAGAUUCUUUACUCAAAGAAAAUCCUCAUUUUUCUGACAAUCCAUACUGCAAGGCUUUAGAGAAUGCAAUUGAUUGUGAAUUGGAUCGGGUAGAUAUUGAGGGCAAUGCACACAGUUCUCGACACAUAAAGCUUCCCUUUGCUUCGUUAUUUGAUACACUUGGCAUAUGCUUAGCUGACGAGGCAGCUGUCCUACUGCUUUACUCAUUGUUACAAGGGAAUUCUGCCUUUCUGGAGUAUGUAUUGGUGCGGACAGAUUUGGAUACAUUGUUAAUGCCUAUUCUGGAAGCUCUAUACAAUUCUCCAACGAGGACAGCUAAUCAAAUUUACAUGUUGCUAAUUAUACUUCUCAUACUUAGUCAGGAUUCUUCUUUUAAUGCUAGCAUUCAUAAGCUGAUAUUGACUGGAGUUCCAUGGUACAAAGAACGUCUUCUCCAUCAGACUUCUCUUGGUUCCCUCAUGGUCAUAAUUCUUAUCAGAACCGUACAGUAUAAUUUGUCAAAACUACGGGAUGUCUAUCUCCAAACAACAUGUCUGGCAACUUUAGCAAACAUGGCACCUCAUGUCCAUCGUUUGAGUGCAUAUGCAUCUCAGAGACUAGUCAGCCUUUUUGAUAUGCUUUCGCGAAAGUAUAACAAAUUAGCUGAACGCAGAGAUAAUAAGCUUCAUACUGCAAAAGACAACUCAGUUGAAGGGAACAGCCUUGUAGAAGAUAUGUCAACUGAAUUGCACAUUUAUACCGACUUCUUGAGGCUUGUACUAGAAAUAAUAAAUGCAAUCCUGACUUAUGCACUGCCUCGGAAUCCUGAGGUAGUAUAUGCAAUUAUGCACAGGCAGGAAGUCUUUCUGCCAUUCAAGAAUCAUCCACGCUUCAAUGAACUGAUUGAUAACAUUUAUACCGUAUUAGAUUUUUUUAAUAGUCGUAUGGAUGCUCAACGAGAGGAAGGAGAUUGGUCAGUCAAUGAAGUGCUCCAAGUCAUAAUCGUCAAUUGUCGAUCAUGGAGGGGUGAUGGAAUGAAGAUGUUUACUCAACUGCGCUUCACAUACGAACAAGAGAGUCAUCCAGAGGAGUUUUUUAUCCCAUAUGUCUGGCAGCUAGUGCUAUCCCGUUGUGGAUUCUCGUUCAACGCAGGAGCUAUAAAUUUGUUUCCAGUUGAUCUACAUACAGAAAGAGUUGAAAAUGGGGUGGUGGGAAGCACUCUCCAAAAUGGUGAUUUUGACAAGCCUGAAUAUCAGCUUGAUCCAUAACCGGGGGUUUUAAGAACGUGGGCGCUGAAGACAUUAUCCGUUUUAUUGGUGAAUAUUUGUACAUAUGCAAUAGAUAUGAUUUCUUGAGUAAAAAAAAAACAAAACUACUAAGAUUUGUAUUGUUCUCAUUCUUUUCUGUUCAUAAAUUUGAGUGUAGAGCUUCAUUUCCGUAGAUGAAAAUCUGAUAUCCAUGUAAUUAAUAAGGGGCGACACUGACACUAAUAUAUAUACAUGUCAUAUCAUAAGUUUUGCAACUGUGCUCAGUUUCUUGUACCUCAAGAACCGCUUUUCAUCUGAGAAUUUACCGAUUUGUAUUGCCUGUA